AUGGAUCUAGUCUCAAAGAAGAGAGCUACAUCUACAGUCUGGGUUCAUUUUGGUGUAAAACCAAACGAUAAAGGGGAGCCUGAAAAUAAGGAGGAGGCCGUGUGUCGGUUGUGCCGAAGGAUAGUUCCGUGCAAAACUGGGAGCCCGACCAACCUGAGAUCACAUUUAAGGGUUCACCACCCUGCUGUGUUUUAUCAACUCAUGUAUGGUGGUGUUGGAGCCUCCAUGCAUCAAUCAUCAGAGACAUCAGGUGUGUAAUAGGCAAGUUAUUUGCACAGGAUGUGUGUGUGUGUGUUAGGGCUUGGAAUUGACAGGGACCUCGCCAUACGAUAUAAUCACCAUAUGUACAGUUGAAAGUCGGAAGUUUACAUACGCCUUAGCCAAAUACAUUUAAACUCAGUUUUUCACAAUUCCUGACAUUUAAUCCUAGGAAAAAUUCCCUGUCUUAGGUCAGUUAGGAUCACCACUUUAUUUUAAGAAUGUGACAUGUCAGAAUAAUAGUAGAGUGAUUUAUUUCAGCUUUUAUUUCUUUCAUCACAUUCCCAGUGGGUCAGAAGUUUACAUACACUCAAUUAGUAUUUGGUAGCAUUGCCUUUAAAUUGUUUAACUUGGGUCAAACGUUUCGGGUAGCCUUCCACAAGCUUCCCACAAUAAAUUGGGUGAAUUUUGGCCCAUUCCUCCUGACAGAGCUGGUGUAACUGAGUCAGGUUUGUAGGCCUCCUUGCUCGCACAAGCUUUUUCAGUUCUGCCCACACAUUUUCUAUAGGAUUGAGGUCAGGGCUUUGUGAUGGCCACUCCAAUACCUUGACUUUGUUGUCCUUAAGCCAUUUUGUCACAACUUUGGAAGUAUGCUUGGGGUCAUUGUCCAUUUGGAAGACCCAUUUGCGACCAAGCUUUAACUUGCUGAAUGAUGUCUUGAGAUGUUGCUUCAAUAUAUCCACAUAAUUGUCCUUCCUCAUGAUGCCAUCUAUGUUGUGAAGUGCACCAGACCCUCUUGCAGCAAAGCACCCCCACAGCAUGAUGCUGCCACCCUCGUGCUUCACGGUUGGGAUGGUGUUCUUCGGCUUACAAGUGACCCCCUUUUUCCUCCAAACAUAACGAUAGUCAUUAUGGCCAAACAGUUCUAUUUUUGUUUCAUCAGACCAGAGGACAUUUCUCCAAAAAGUACGAUCUUUGUCCCCAUGUGCAGUUGCAAACCGUAGUCUGGCUUUUUUAUGGCGGUUUUGGAGCAGUGGCUUCUUCCUUGCUGAGCGGCCUUUCAGGUUAUGUUGAAAUAGGACUUGUUUUACUGUGGAUAUAGAUACUUUUGUACCUGUUUCCUCCAGCAUCUUCACAAGGUCCUUUGCUGUUGUUCUCGGAUUGAUUUGCACUUUUCGCAUCAAAGUACGUUCAUCUCUAGGAGACGGAACACGUCUCCUUCCUGAGCGGUAUGAUGGCUGCGUGGUCCCAUGGUGUUUAUACUUGCGUACUAUUGUUUGUACAGAUGAACGUGGUACCUUCAGGCGUUUGGAAAUUGCUCCCAAGGAUGAACCAGACUUGUGGAGGUCAAUUUUUUUUUUUUUCUGAGGUCUUGGCUGAUUUCUUUUGAUUUUCCCAUGAUGUCAAGCAAAGAGGCACUGAGUUUGAAGGUAGGCCUUGAAAUACAUCUACAGGUACACCUCCAAUUGACUCAAAUUAUGUCAAUUAGCCUAUCAGAAGCUUCUAAAGCCAUUACCUCAUUUUCUGGAAUUUCCCAAGCUGUUUAAAGGCGCAGUCAACUUAGUGUAUGUAAACUUCUGACCCACUGGAAUUGUGAUACAGUGAAUAGGCGAUAUGCACAGGCGAGCAUGACGUAUUUCCGGUUAAAUCUCAGGAUGGAUGUAAACUUCCGGUUAUGGUAGAAUGCUGUGCUACCGUAUGCUAGCAUUGAAUGCUUGUCGUCAAAAACAUCCGAAACGGUUAAUUUUCGUCGUUGUUUAUGUUAAUGUUUUUACUUGUAAUACGAUGACGUGUAAACGUACGAAAGUGUCCUUUCAAAAACGGGAUGACAGCUCUUCCAGCCAUCACUGCUGUGUGCCGCAAUGUACAGUGACUGCCAGAUGCAAUUCUUCUGUUAGUUUUUUUUACUUUUCCCAAAGACGGUGAAUUACAUAAACGGGUGGGUGAUUAACAUUCGAACGAGUCAACUUUCUUACAACAAACACACGAGUCUGCAGCCGACACUUUCUAAGUGAAGAUGUGAUAGAGCCUCCGACUCCAGCUGGGCGCAGACGUCUGAAGAAGGGAGCUGUUCCAGUGCUGUUUCAAUGGUUCAAUGAUUAAUAACGUUUAUUUCGCAACACAUUGUAGUCUGCCUAUUUAAUUGGACUCUGCAUACCUAAUUCCGCUUGCCGGAGUAGCAUCUGGUUUGGGCUUCACUACAACCAUGGCAUCCACAGGUCCUGGCUUCACUCCCUAUUUAUUUAUGAGAUGGAGAUUAGGAGAGAUGCUAGUAUGCAUGUGACACAACUGUCUGGUGUUGAAAUGAUACAAACCAUUGUUCGUGAUUUAUGCCACUUCUGCUCUGUUUCAGUGCACGAAAGUACAGGAGGGACGACAGACAUGCCACAUUCAGAGUAAUGGGCAGUCUGAUAUAGUAAUGCAACCAAAUGAUUGCAUAUCCCACACCCAGCCACACAGGAACAGUAUCUUUUAACAAGCACAACUGGCUGUGAAUCACGCAAUGUCAUCUGAAAUACACAGAAGCAUCAUUUUAAUGGGUUUUGAAAGACGAGGGUCUACAGCAGCAGGAGUAGGAGCAAAACUUGUUCUUUCUACUUUUUACUGGUGUAAGCAACUUAUCUACUGUCUCGUGUCACUUUUGUGCUUUCUGCAUCACUUUCCUACUGUCUUGCACCACUUGGCUAUACUGUCUCCCACCACUUACCUAUUGUCUUGUGCCAUUUACCUACCUUCAAACAGUAUUGGCAGAGCAGUAGGUGAGUGGUGCAACAUUGUAGCCUAGUACCAAUAACAACAGUAGAGUGAAGGUUUUGCUCCUAAUUCCUCUUGAAAAGUAGAAACAUCAAGUACAAAAGCAAGGAAGUUGGGCUAUAUGUUUAUAAAGAAAGAAGUAAAGAUGACAGGACAGUUUUGAGUAGAACAUCAGCAGUUUGAAGAAUAGCUGAGUGGAAUAUGUUACUGUCAUUGCAGUCAUCAAGUCAGGAAAAAGUAGUAAUCUCAUUAUUGUUUACAUUUCAAACCAAACUCCAAUUUGUUUACAACAGACCCAACAGCAAAGCAUGGCAAUUCCCACUCAGCUACCCUGGUCUGUAUUAGGCUACCACUGUUCAGCUAUCGUGAAAACCACUAAAGUUCUAAAGUGUUCUCUUAGCAAUGGCAAUCAAAGCUGUGGUAACAUUAAACGAGUAAAACAUGUGUUGAACGGAACCUUGAACAAGUUCAACAGAACUUUGAAGUGUCACUUAAUCUAGUCCUACUCUCAGCUGGUGUGGUGGCUUUAGUUUCUUCAUUGAGCGGUAGAUGUGGGCUCUCACAGAGAUCUCAUUUGUAGCCCAGUUUUUACCUGAUACUUUCAUAAAAGUACAAACACAUGAAGUGAGAGGUAUAUACACAUGAUUAAACUUUAUUUAAAGCAUGAUUAACCUGAAGCAGGAUGGAGUCAUGACUUUAAAACACCAACGCAAGGCUUCUAGCUCAGGCUAGCUAGUGUUAGCAUAUUACCUUCAAAGUUGCAAGGAAAAGAAGAAACGUAAAAUUUGAAGCCUUUAUCCAGUUUGCUACGUGGUGUCGUACUGGAUGUCCGGACGACCCUCCGUAUAUCAUUAACAGAUACUUUAGGCAACUCCAGCAAACACCUUGUAAACGUAAUAUCUGCCAUCAUAAUGGUCUACUGUCACUGUCUAAUGUUUUUUUUUCCGGUAACCGUGAAAUGCCCAAGCAUCCUUACACCAAUACGGAAGUGAUGCGUGCAUAGAGCCUAUUAUAAGUGAAAUAAUCUGUCUGUAAACAAUUGUUGGAAAAAUGACUUGUGUCGUACACAAAGUAGAUGUCCUAACCGACUUGCCAAAACUAUAGUUUGUUAACAAGAAAUUUGUGGAGUGGUUGAAAAACGAGUUUUAAUGACUCCAACCUAAGUGUAUGUAAACUUCCGACUUCAACUGUAGGUGCCAAUAUGAUAUGUAUUGCGAUUCUAUAUGUAUCGCGAUUCGAUGUUACAAACAUAUUGCUUACAUUUUGUUGCAAAGUGGCAAGAGAGAGCCAUGAAAAAACAAGUUUUGAUCAGUCAUGGAAAUAGUGCUGAAAACAAAUUUGCUCAUUAUUUUUGAAAAUAUGGAGAACAAGCUAUGAAGGAAAAAUACUGGAGUUUUGGUGCAGGCACAGCUGACAGCGCAAAAAUAAUAUUGCGAUAUUGUCCAAAAUAAUAUUGCGAUAUCGUCAAAUAAUAUCUCUCUCUAUAUAUAUAUAUAUAUAUAUUUGUUCCCCAUCACUAGUGUGUAAGAGAGAGAAAGAAACUGCAGUCUGCUUGCUCAUAUUCUACUCAUUUUAUAUUUAGAUUUGAGAUUUGGGAGAAGAGAGCAGAGGUGUCCUGCUGCCAGCCUAAUUCAGGUGUGCUUUUUCCUCCAGCCACAGUCCAGGCAGCUUAUUCUAAUUCCCCCUCCACCUCUACACAGGUUCAGAGCAGAGUCAACACUACAUCAACGACAAUGGUUCCCAAGGCAACUUCAGUGGUCAAGGCAACAUCGGCAGUGGCCAUGGUAACUUCGGCGGUGGCCAUGGUAACUUCGGCGGUGGCCAUGGUAACUUCGGCGGUGGCCACGGUAACGACAGACCGCUUCACUUCAUCCCAGACACGGUGGUCUGCGGUGAGCCAUGGUUGGAGGGCGGUGACGCCCGUGCGGUGGGUUCCAUCCCCCCGUGCCUCAGCCUACGGAGGUGGGGCAGUGGACCUGUGCCUGGGGGGUCAGCGGAGGAGGAAGAGGCGGGGGUGUUUGCCAAGACUCUGUCACUGCAGCAGGGGUGGACGUUUGGACCCUUCGUGGGAGAGUUGACCCGCGGCCCUCUGAGCUGUCUCAAAUACGCCUGGGCUGUGAGUAUGGACAGAUAAAUAUUAGCCUGGGCUGUCAGUAUGGACAGAUGGAUAUUAGCCUGGACUGUCAGUAUGGACAGAUGGAUAUUAGCCUGGACUGUCAGUAUGGACAGAUGGAUAUUAGCCUGGGCUGUCAGUAUGGACAGAUGGAUAUUAGCCUGGGCUGUCAGUAUGGACAGAUGGAUAUUAGCCUGGGCUGUCAGUAUGGACAGAUGGAUAUUAGCCUGGGCUGUCAGUAUGGACAGAUGGAUAUUAGCCUGAUCCACCAUCCUGACUAAAUCGCUGUGCAGAAUAGAUAAGCGUUUGAACAGAAUAUUGUAGCAACCCUGGUUUAUCACCGUGGAUAUCGACUCUGCCACUUCAGCAUGCUUUUGUGGCACAGUCGAUGGCGCGCUGGCCUUCGGUUCAGAAGGUUGAGGGUUCGAGCCGCACUACCUGCCUGUUUCAUUACAAUAUGGAAGCUCUGUAACUGGAUAUGGAAGCUCUGUAACUGGAUAUGGAAGCUGUGUAACUGGAUAUGGAAGCUGUGUAACUGGAUAUGGAAGCUGUGUAACUGAAUAUGGAAGCUAUGUAACUGAAUAUGGAAGCUGUGUAACAGAAUAGGUUUAGGGCCUUCAGAAAGUAUUCAUACCCCUAGACUUGUUCCACAUUUUGUUGUUACAGCCAGAAAUCAAAUAAUACCCCAUAAUGACAAAGUGAAAACUUGUUUUUAGAAAUGUUAUCAAAUGUAUUGAAAAUGAAAUACAGAAAUAUUUCCAUAAAUAUUCCCACCCCUGAGUAGAGGCACCUUGGGCAGUGAUUACAGCUGUGAGUCUUUCUGGGUGUCUCUAAAAGCUUUCCACACCUGGAUUGUGCAACAUUUACAAGCAUACCCAUAACAUGAUGCAGCCACCACUAUGCUUGAAAAUAUGGAGAGUGGUACUCAGUAAUGUGUUGUUUUGAAUUUGCCCCCAACAUAACACUUUGUAUUCAGGACAAAAAGUGAAUCGCUUUGCCACAUUUUUUUUUGCAGUAUUACUUUAGUGCCUUGUUACAAACAGGAUGCAUGUUUUGGAAUAUUCUGUACAGGCUUCCUUCUUUUCACUCUGUCAAUUAGGUUAGUAUUGUGGAGUAACUACAAUGUUGUUUAUCCAUCUUCAGUUUUCUCCUAUCCUCAGUUUUCUCCUAUCACAGCCAUUAAACUCUGUCAUUGUUUUAAAGUCACCAUUGGCCUCAUGGUGAAAUCCAUGAGCGGUUUCCUUCCUCUCCGGCAACUGAGUUAGGAAGGACGCCUGUAUCUUUGUAGUGACUUGGUGUAUUGAUACACCAUCCAAAGUGUAAUUAAUAACUUCAACAUGCUCAAAGGGAUAUUCAAUGUCUGCUUUUUAUUUUACCCAUCUACCAAUAGGUUCCCUUUGCAAGGCAUAUAUUUAUGUGUGGGGUACAGAGAUGAGGUAGUCAUUCAAAAAUCAUGUUAAACACUAUUGCACACAGUGAGUCCAUGCAACUUAUUAUGUGACUUGUUAAGCAAAUUUGUACUCAUGAAUUUUAGGCCUUGCCAUAAGGUUGAAUACUUAUUGACUCAAAACAUUUCAGCUCAAAUUUUGUAUUAACUUGUAAAAAUGUCUAAACAUAAUUCCACUUUGACAUUAUGGGGUAUUGUGUGUAGGCCAGUGACUAAACAUCCAAAUGUAAUCCAUUUUAAAUUCAGGCUGUAACAACAACAUUUGGAAAAAGUAAACGGGUGUGAAUACUUUCUGAAACCGCUGUAAGCUGUGUAACAGAAUAUAGAAGCUGUGAGAUCAGGAUGGUGUAUCAGGAUAGAUGUAUACUGAACACAAUUAUAAAUGCAACAUGCAAGAAUUUCAAUGAUUUUACAGAGUUACAGUUCAUAUAAGGAAAUCAGUCAAUUGAAAUAAAUAAAUUAAGCCCUAAUCUAUGGAUUUCACCUGACUGGGCAGGGGCACAGCCAUGGGUGGGCAUGGGUGGGCCUCUUGGGAGACUGGCCCACCCACUGGGGAGCAAGGCGCAGCCAAUCAGAAAUAGUUUUUCCCCACAAAAGGGUUUAAUUACAGACAUUAAUACACCAUCAGUUUCAUCAGCUGUCCGGGUGGCUGGUCUCAGAGGAUUCCGCAGGUGAAGAAGCUGGAUGUGGAGGUCCUGGGCUGGCGUGGUGACACAUGGUCUGCGGUUGUGAGGCCGGUUGGACGUACUGCCAAAUCCUCUAAAAUGACGUUGGCGGCGGCUUAUGGUAGAGAAAUUAACAUUAAAUGAUCUGGUAACAGCUCUGGUGUACAUUCCUGCAGUCGGCAUGCCAAUUGCACACUCCCUCAAAACUUGAGACAUCUGUGGCAUUGUGUUGUGUGACAAAACUGCACAUUUUAGAGUGGCCUUUUAUUGUCCCCAGCAUAAGGUGCACCUGUGUAAUGAUCAUGCUGUUUAAUCAGCUUCUUGAUAUGCCACACCUGUCAGGUGGAUGGAUUAUCUUGGCAAAGGAUAAAUGCUCACUAACAGGGAUAUAAACACAUUUCUGCACACAUUUUUUUGAAAUAAGCUUUUUGUGCGUAUGAAAAAUAUCUGAGAUCUUUUAUUUCAGCUCAUGAAACAUGGGACCAGCACUUUACAUGUUGCGUUUAUAUUUUUGUUCAGUAUUGUAUGGUCUUGAUAGAUAAAGGCUGACCUAUACACUGUAAACUAGAUGAUAAUGUGUUCAGUUUGGUCUUCUAAUCAGCUAAUAAUUGAUUAUCUCCUCUUGUUCCCAGAUCAAAGAAAAUGAUUCCUACUACUUCGUAGAUGCCUCGGAUGAAAACAAAUCAAACUGGAUGAGGUGAGAAGUUAUGUUUGAAACAAUGUCUGCAUUUAGUCUUUCAGGUUGUUAGUGAUCUGUUGUUUAACUUUUUCAAUUCAAACAUGUAUUCCUUUAGUGAUCUUAUUAGUUAACCCAAUGAAUAUAACAAUGUCAUUUAUUUAGUCAUUUAUGUUUCUAAUGUCCAAACAGACAUCCCUAUUUGAAUAGGGAUGUAUCUCAUAUCUGUUUGCAUAUCAUCUUUAGUCAAGAUAUACAAUUGAUACAUUUAGGGGUGGUUUCCAGGACAGUGAUUCAUCCUGGACUAAAAAGCAAGAUCAAUGGAGAUUCUCCGUUGAGAUUAAUUUUUAGUACAGGAUUAGACUUAAUCUGUGUCUGGGAAACUGCCCCAUAGGCUACACAAUGUUAAUUUCACUGCAUUGUCAUGCCUCUCAUCCCUGUUCAGGUAUGUAGCGUGUGCUGCCUGCGAGGAGGAACACAACCUGACCGUGUUCCAGUACCGCGGUCAGAUCUUCUACAGGGUCUCCCAGCCCAUCCCUGAGGGGACAGAACUCAAGGUCUGGAUUGGCCAGGAAUACGCUGCCAUGCUGGGUCUAGGGAUAGGUACGUUUGGUGUUCUAGCGCGACAGAAGAUGAUAUUACAUGCUAAGGCGUUAUUAACUGGUAUAGUAUAUUAUUUAUUACUUGAUAACAAUUGGAGCUUCCUAGUAUUAAUUCCAUGUGACGGAGAAGUACCUUUUUGGGUAAUAAUUAUGGAAUUACGCUGUUACCUUGUAGUAAAAGGGGGGCUGAUCAGGGAGCUGUAAAAUAAAGCAUUACCUACAUUACCAGUCAAAAGUUUGGACACACCUACUCAUUCAAGGGUUUUUCUUUAUUUUUACAUUGUAGAAUAAUAGUGAAGACCGCAAAACUAUGAAAUAACACAUGGAAUCAUGUAGUAACCAAAAAAGUGUUAAACAAAUCAAAAUAUAUUUUAGAUUAUUCAAAUAGCCACCCUUUGCCUUGAUGACAGCUUUGCACACUCUUGGCAUUCUCUCAACCAGCUUCAUGAGGUAGUCACUUGGAAUACAUUUCGAUUAACGUGUGCCUUCUUAAAAGUGAAUUAGUGGAAUUUAUUUCCUUCUUAAUGCGUUUAAGCCAUUCAGUUGUGUUGUGACAAGGUAGGGGGGUAUACAGAAGAUAGCCCUAGUUCGUAAAAGACCACGUCCAUAUUAUGGCAAGAACAGCUCAAGUAAGCAAAGAGAAACAACAGUCCAUUACUUUUAAAGACAUGAAGGUCAGUCAAUAUGGAACAAAUUUCAAGAACUUUGAAAGUUUCUUCAAGUGCUGUCGCAAAAACCAUCAAGCGCAAUGAAGAAACUGGCUCUCAUGAGGACCACCACAGGAAUGGAAGACCCAGAGUUACCUCUGCUGCAGAGGAUAAGUUCAUUAGAGUUACCAGCCUCAGAAAUUGCAGCCCAAAUAAAUGCUUCACAGAGUUGAAAUAACAGACACAUCUCAACAUCAACUGUUCAGAGGAGACUGUGUGAAUCAGAAUUCAAGGCACACUUAACCAGCAUGGCUACCACAGCAUUCUGCAGCGAUACACCAUCCCAUCUGGUUUGGACUUAGUGGGAGUAUCAUUUGUUUUUCAACAGGACAAUGACCCAACCCACCUCCAGGCUGUGUAAGGGCUAUUUUACCAAGAAGGAGAGUGAUGGUGUGCUGCAUCAGGUGACCUGGCCUCAACAAUCCCCCGACCUCAACCCAACUGAGAUGGUUUGCGAUGAGUCGGACCGCAGAGUGAAGGAAAAGCAUGUCUUUUUUACUUUAAGACCUUCAUGUCUUAAAGUAAUGAUGGACUGUCGUUUCUCUUUGCUUAUUUGAUAUGUUCUUGCCAUAAUAUGGACUUUGUCUUUUACCAAAUAGGGCUAUCUUCUGUAUACCCCCCCUACCUUGUCACAACACAACUGAUUGGCUCAAACGCAUUAAGAAGGAAAGAAAUUCCACAAAUUAACUUUUAAGAAGGCACACCUGUUAAUUGAAAUGCAUUCCAUAUUCCAUAUUAAUUGAAAAGCUGGUUGAGAGAAUGCCAAGAGUGUGCAAAGCUGUCAUCAAGGCAAAGGGUGGCUAUUUGAAUAAUCUCAAAUAUAAAAUACACUUUUUGGUUACUACAUGAUUCCAUAUGUGUUAUUUCAUAGUUUUGAUGUCUACACUAUUAUUCUACAGUGUAGAAAAUAGUAAAAACUAAGAAAAACCCUGGAAUUAUAUGUGUGUCCAAACUUUUGACUGGUACUGUAUAUUUUGACUCACACAAACCGUUAUUAAACACAAUAUUCUCACUCUCACAGGUGAGAACAUCAAGUGUGAAUUCGGGGACAAGGAAAUCCUACUGCGGAUCUUCCGUGACAUCCAGGUUGUGCCAGUAGGCGGAACCAGCAGUCUCCCAGACAUCAAUGGCUCUUACAGCUGGUCAGACAACAGCCAAUCAGGGAGCCCCUUGCCAGUCAUCAGUGAUGUCAGUAGCGGGUUACAGACUGAUACCACUGACCCCACCCCUGUCCUCAACCCACCUCAAAACACCAAUCAGACGUCACUGUCAAUAGCCAUGAAGUACGACUUUGUGAAGGGUGCUGAGAAACUGUUGUGCCCCUCUCAGCCCAACAGCCCCGUAUGGGAGUUCUUUGGGUUUGAGCCGGACCCCAACGGCCAGCCGCUGGACAAGGACAAAGUAAUGUGCAAGCUGUGUGGUCAACACGUGGACUACAGUGCUACUGUCACCCACCUGGAGAACCACCUGGUCCAGAUGCACCACAUGAAGCGCCGGGACGUCAUCAAGGAUGGCAACAAGCCCUGGGUUUCGUCCUCACGCUUCAGGCCUUACCACACUACGGGCGUCAGAGCACCUCGUUCUAGCAGUCCCUCAACCCACAGAACCAACAACAAUAACUACAGUAAUGAGGACUGGACUUGGAGUGGGAACGGCAGUUCAGCAGUGACCGAUACUGUAACAGCGGGUUCGACCACUGCCGUUACACAGGGACCGAGAACGCUCUCUAACGUCUUGACCACUCAAACCACCAGUGCCAUCACUAACUUCCUCAUCAAAGACUUGUUGCCCCCAGAUACAGUGGAGGGGGAGGGCUUCAAGCAGCUGAUCCAGACCCUGCUUCCGUCCUGCAAGGAGCUUCCUUCAGCCUCUCUACUAGAGGAGGUGCUGAGGGACGUCCACACCAAGGGCAGAAAGAACUGGGCGAAGUUGCUGACGAACAGCACUGGGUUUAAUGAGGAAGACACUUCCAAACCUACCAUUCCAGUUCAAUUCAAACCCAGCUCCUCAACCAGAAAAGCUGCCCGUUCCCGCUCAAAGACCCAGAACCAACUAUCUCACCACGUAGCUGUUAGUGCUGACGUGUGGUGUCAUGACUGGCAGGGAGACAAGGAGCGAUACGCUACCCUGUGGGCCCAUUUCAUCAACGCUGACUUCGCUUCCCAUAACCUGGCUUUGGCCACGCAACGUCUGGGUGAGACAGGAACUGGGGAUAUGGAUCUGAGCGUAGUCGAGGCUAUAGUGAGGUCCAUGGCUCAGGAGUGGGACAUCUCUCAGCCGAGUUUCAUCCUGCUUGGGGGCGAAGAGAUGGAAAAGACCAAGGUGGGUCCGAAGAAGCGAGAGAGAAGUGGAGAAGGGAUUGGUGGAGGUGGAGGUGCCCGUCACCACCACCCGAACUCCACCACAUUCCUGGAGAUGGAGGACUCCAUAUCCUCUGAUGAUCUCUCAGGUCUGGAACGAGCGAUCGAACGAGCCAACUCCACCAGCGGGGAGUCCCACUCUCCACCCAUACCCUGUUUCUUCACAGCUGUUCAGAGCUGCAUAGAGGAAGUCAUGGGUCAUUCCAUCAUCUCAAAGACCCUCCGUGUAUUCCAACACCUUCUCUACAGCCUCUUCUCCUUCCAUGGUAAAGACAUGGUAACUCUUCACCCAGCCAGGAAACUGAUCUUAGUCCUACAGAAGCAGGAGACGGCUGAGCUGAAGUCUUGGGCCUAUGGGAAACCAGGCUGGAAUGGGCUUUACAGUGUGGUCAAGACACUCCUCCGCUAUCAGAACAUGAUCUCUGAGACACUAAAACAAAUAGACAGUGAGAUUCAAACUGGACAAGAAACAGGAAGUCCCACUGACUUGGAUUCAGGGACGACUGUGGCUUUGAAAACAGCUGACAACCAUGACACAAACUCCACUUCCGCUGGCCGCGCUAACUCUGACACCACAGACGGCUCCAACUCAUCGGUACCCGUCCCUCCCAAGCGAUCUGACUGGAAGGUGUUGGAGGAUCUCUCCUGCAUGCUGAAACCCCUAGACGUGGCCUGCCGUACCCUGGCCAAGGAACCGUUCCCCAGGCUCUCGUUGGUCAAGCCCAUCCUCACCGGCCUGCUCGACCGACAUUUCGCCCCCCACCCCCGCCAUCGCAACGACUCCACCAUCUUGAAGGAACUCAAAAAGAAGAUAAGGUGGGGCCUUGCCCGCCGGUACAACGACCCCCAGAUCAACCAGGUAUUGUGUGUAGCGUGCGCCCUCGACCCCCAGUUUCACGGCCUGGGCUUCAUGGAAGUCAGAGAGCAGGCGACCACCUUCGCCUGGCUGAAGAAAGAAGCGGUCCGGAUCGUAGAGGAGGACCAGAGGAGGGCCGUGGCGGCGGCGUCUCGAGGGGGCAGGAAGAAGAAAAGGGGAUCCUCCUCGACCACCUCCUCAUCAGGAGAGAUGGAGGGAGACGUCCUAAGAAGAAGCAAAAGGCUGAAGGAGAUCACCCCGGUCAGUUUCAAAGAGAGAACAGAGAGCGAUUCAGAUGAGGAAGCCACCGGUAGCUCUGUGAAUGGCGACAGUGAGAGUGAAAACAUGGAGCUGAAACUUGAGCCCGUGUCCCAGCAGACUGGCAUGGAGUUCCUUCUAGGGGACCUGUUCAGCUCCCAGUCCCAGAACAAGCAGCCCUCCGUGGAAGAGACGGUGGACAUUGAGCUGUCUGUCUUUAGAGCAGAGAAGGGAGCCACCCUGGGCGUGGAGCCUUUACAGUGGUGGAAGGCCAGAUCAGGACAGCUCCCCCUGCUGGCCAAAGUAGCACGUGCCUACCUGGCUGCCCCGGCUGUCGCGGGCAGUGCUGUCCAGACGUUCCUGCAGGAGGGAGGAGGGGUGAUACAGAGGAAGAGAACCAAUAUCCCUCCAGAGGGCCUUGACCAGAUGCUGUUUCUGCACCAUAACGGCCUGACCGCGACCACACAGGGUCACACAACGGUCUGA